AUGAUACUUAAAGCCCUCUUAUAUACGAAGGAUAAGCUCUCAGAGUAUUAUAGCUAUAUCCGAUACCGCAAGAGUCUCGAAAAGUACGUUAUCCCGUACGAGAAACGAUAUUCGGAUACACGGCUAAGCUCCUAUAGUAUAUCCUCGGUAGCCCCUAAACGAACGCUCAUAACGAGCUUAGACGUUAUCUUAGAAGUGAGGGACCACCAGGAUAAAUUUCCUAUCCUUACAAGCCUAGCGCGAGAUGCUCUUUCUAUUCCUACGACUAGUUCUAGGGUUAAACGGCUAUUCAAUUCUGCUCGUGAUAUCUAUCACUACCGCCGAGCAAGAGAAGAGAAGGAUACUCAGAAGGAGAAGGACGAAUUUAAUCUUAUUAGUGACGGCGAAGAUAAUCCUCUAGAUACGAGAUCUCAGCAUUUAUAG